AACUCUUCAGCUCUGCCACUAUCAUUGAAACAUGUCAGAACAAGAGGGAGUAGCCAAAUUGAUUCAGGAGAUCCCUAAAGACUACCAGAAUAUCAAGAACCCUGAAGACAUCCCUUGGUUCGUCAAGGAGUUGACGAACAUCAAACCAGACGCGCGGGAUCUCUUCGAGAAUUACUGUAAGAUCCCUUCUGAAGAUGUGGUUCCUCAUAUCAAACAGAUCAGAGAUAAGGCAUUCAAAGUGUAUCCCUAUCCAUGCUUGGGUCACUGGGGAUUCCUUGACCUAAGUAUCAGCCAAUCGCCCAAGUACGAUGAAAUCCUUCAACGCGUCAAGAAUGGCGACAACUACCUUGACCUCGGCUGCUGCUUUGGGCAAGACAUCCGGAAGCUGGUCCAUGAUGGCGCGCCAUCUGAGCAUACCUUCGGCAGCGAUCUGCAGAAAGACUUUAUGGAUCUUGGAUAUGAUCUCUUCCUGGACAAAUCCACUCUCAAAACCACUUUCAUUCCGGCAAACAUCUUUGAGGAGGGCACAGGCCUGAUGCAGCUUGUGUCCAAAAUUGACAUCGUCCAUGCUGCUUCCUUCUUCCACCUCUUCGACUGGCCGGAGCAGGUCCAGAUUGCUAAGAGACUCGUCACAAUCCUGAAAGCAAAACCUGGGUCGCUUGUAGUCGGACGCCAGAUUGGUCACACGGAUUCCGGAGAGCUUGCCCGCCAAAUCGAAUCAUCAAAAUCAAGAUUCAGGCACAAUGAAGCAUCAUUCGCUAGAAUGUGGAAAGAAGUGGGCGAGGCGACGGGGACUGACUGGUUGGUGGAUGCUCAUCUAGAAGCUGAGGACCUGGGCAAAAAGUCAAACUUCAAGUACAACUUCAUACCCGCUGGUACGAGAUGGUUGCGUUUUACCGUUUGCAGGCUGUAAGUGCGAAAAUUCGGGGAGGGUCUGAUGAGGUCUUGGCUUCAAAUUGCGUCUUGUCAUAUUGCGUCAAAUGUUCCAGCAGGUACUUCAACAUACCUGAAUUUGAAUAUCUCAAUUUCUUCCUGUAUCGCCUAGCGGCCUGAUCUCCCUGAGGAUCGAUAUUUGGCACUUACGUGCGGUUGGGAGGGAUCCUGGCAGUUAUCAUAUUUCAAGCGUUUCAGCAUCAAUUAUGCAAGCAUUAACCAUAAUAGACGAGGGGCUUUGAGAUAUCUACGGAUUAGAAAGUGGUAGAUAUGUGUCGAUGACCAAGGCAUGUCACUCAGUUUGUUCAAUGGACCAA